AUGGAUAUCCCACAGAGACCGAAAAGUCUGUCCAAAAAGCAGGCUUUAGCAGCGAUAGGACAAGGUCGUCUCAUUGCACUAUGGGACAAUCUUUUCGGGCAGUUUGAUCAGCGAACUGCGCAGGUUCUGCUAACAAGAGGAGAUAUAUCUGAUCGCACACGAUAUUUGAACGCUGUCAACACACUAAAUGAACUUUUGUCGAUGGGUGUAGUGCCCAUCGUGAACGAAAACGACACCAUAUCUGUUAGCGAAAUAAAAUUCGGCGACAAUGACACGUUGUCUGCUAUUACAAGCUCUAUGAUUCAUGCCGAUUACCUUUUCCUGCUUACAGACGUCGAUGGUCUGUAUACAUCCAACCCACGAAAAGAUCCCUCCGCAAAAAAGCUUGAUGUAGUCAUCUCUGUUGCUGCUAUCCGAGCACAAGUCAGCACAUCGACGCUAGGAUCUAGCCUUGGAACCGGCGGAAUGGAAACGAAACUGAUUGCUGCUGAAAUCGCAACUGGCGCUGGCGUUACAACUGUUAUCACAUCUAGCAAACAGCCCUCACCCGAUCACUCCACAAAAGCUAAUCAGGUCGACUUGGAUGAAGUCGCUGCAUCUCUCAGUUGGCCGAGGCCUCCGCAUACUGUCUUUCAGCCUGCCUUGAUUCCCAUGCGGGACUUAAAGGCAUGGACGAGCCAUACGCUUUAUCCAGCAGGUAGCGUGAUUAUCGACUCUGGAGCACAUGCCGUGUUGUCUCGUCGAGAAUCUGGUGGCCGCCUGUUGCCAGCUGGGGUGCUCGGAGUUCGAGGUUCAUUUGCCUCUGGCCAAGCAGUCCGCAUACUAGUACACCGCCGUACCGAAGGAGUUCCAGUUGAAGUCAAGGAAGUUGCACAAAUGUCAUAUUCCAACGUGGCUGCAACGACACCAUGCACGCCAGUCCUAGAACCCGGGCCAUCAGUGACCGCCUCAGUCACGUCCCUUGUUCCACUCUCGCGUUCUGGGUCGUCGGCAUCUUUAUCAGAUGAUAUGAUCUAUGAUUCUCAGACUAUUACAGACGAUGAGAUCCCAUCGAUCGAGAAGAUGGACGAAUGCGAAAAUUGGGAUUGUGAAGAAGUGGGACGGGGUUUAGCAAAUUACAAUUCUGCGCAGAUAUCCCGAGUGAGGGGCCUAAACAGCGCCCGCAUAGUUCAACUCAUCGGCUAUGCAGACACAGAAUACGUUGUAGAAAAUAUCACCAUUAGAGUGUCUGCUUGA